AUGGGGCAAGGUCCGGGGUCAAAGUCGGGGACCGGGACCGGGAGCAGGGACGGGAAUGGGGAAAGGGACCGGGACCGGGGAUCAAGGACGGAGAAACGGGACUGGGAACGGCCCCAGGAGCGGGAACGGAACCGGGAGCGGGAACGGCCCCGGGAGAGGGAACGGAACCGGGAGCGGGAACGGAACCGGGAGCGGGGCUGGGAAGGUGCCGCAGGCCGGGACUGGUGUCCAGCUGUAAGGAGCCGGUCCCGGUCCCGGUGCCGCAGGGGCCCAGCAGUAACGGCACUGCCGGUACCGGGAAGGGGUCGGGAUCGGUACCGGGUCGGUAUUGGACCGGUGUCAGUGCCCGGGAAGGGAUCGGUGGGAUUUGGGAUUGAAGGGGUUAAAGGAGUCCUGUUCAGGAUUUUCAUCAUCUGGGCCAUCUCCAGCUGGUUCCGGAGAGCGCCGGCGCCGCAGGAGCCCAGCGCGAGCGGCGGCAGCGCCCGCAGCCCCAGCAGGAACCUCUUCCCCAAGGACACCCUGAUGGAUCUCUACGUUUACAUCUCGGAGCACGAGCACUUUACGGAUUUCAACGUCAGCUCCGCCCUUUUCUGGGAAAAACGGGAUUUGGUUUACGGCGACUGGACCAGCGGCGAGAACUCCGACGGCUGCUACGAGCACUUCGGGGAGGUGGACAUCUCCCAGAGCGUGCAGCGGAACGGCUCCAUCUACGUCCACGUCUACUUCACCAAGAGCGGCUUCCACCCCGACCCGCGGCAGAAGAGCCUCUACCGGCGCCUGGCCACCGUGCACACCUCCAGGAUGAUCAACAAAUACAAACGGCGGCGAUUCCAGAAAACCAAAAACCUCCUGACGGGCGAGACCGAGGCCGACCCCGAGAUGAUCAAGGUGGGAAUCCCCAAAUUUGGGGAAUUUGGGGGAUUUUGG